GUGAGGGAGAGAGAAGAGAAGAGAAGAGGAACAGCACAACACAGCGAGACAGAGAAAAAGAGAGUCCGCAGGUUGCAGCUUUUUCCCUCUAAUUUGUGAUUUGCACGAGAAGAAGCUGCAGCGCAGAUUCAGAGGAGAUUUUUGGGAACAUGCGAGGUGCACGCUGACCAGAGGAAAUAUGUUGACACUGCCAUUCGAGGAACCUCAUAUGAUGUGUGAGCCGCGGUUUGGUGCCAAUUAUCCCCGUGAAAGCUUACCUGAGAGCCUGGAGCAGGAGCGGCAACACGAGCCGGAGAGGUCCAACUCAGACAUGAGGGAGGCCGAGGAGGACAUCUCCGACAGAGAGGAGGACGAAAGGGAGGACGAUCAGGAUGACAAUGGGCUCCCUAAAAAGCGGGGCCCGCGAAAAAAGAGGGCCGGCAAGGAGCACGACAGGGCCAAAUUACGGCGCCAGGAAGCCAACGCCCGAGAGCGCAGCCGAAUGCACGGCUUGAACGCCGCGCUGGAGAGCCUGCGCAAAGUUGUGCCGUGCUACUCCAAAACUCAGAAACUGUCCAAGAUUGAGACCCUUAGACUGGCUAAAAAUUACAUCUGGGCCCUGUCAGAGACGCUGAGCGCAGGGAAGAGACCAGACCUCCUCGCCUUCGUACAGACUUUGUGCAAAGGAUUAUCUCAGCCCACAACCAACUUGGUGGCCGGUUGUUUGCAGCUGAACGCGAGAAAUUUCCUCACAGACCACAACGGGGAGGUCAUGUUCUCUGGCAGAUCGCCAUACGAUGCCAUGUACUCGUACCCCGGCUCAGACAUGAACACGCCCCCCGGCCACAGCGGGAGCAGCUUGGACAGCAGCGCCAAGCCGUUCAGACACUACAGCUACAGCGGCGCGUACGAGCCCUACUACGAGAACCCGUCCCCAGACAGCGGGAGCCCGCAUUUCGACGGCCAGCUGAGCCCACCGAUGAACUUUAACGGGAUUUUCUCCCUAAAACACGACGAUCCGCCAGACUACGGCAAAGGCAGCCACUAUGGUAUGCGCUACUGCAGUGCGCCAGGGCGCACGGCUCUUGCGCACAACUCCAUGUACCGAGUCUCCCCAGAGGGCCGUUUCCCCUACGAUCUGCACGUCCGCAGCCAGUCCUUCCAAGCACAAGGGGAAGUUAAUGGCUCUUUCCACAAUUAAUCAAUCAGCUGGACAAAGUUCAAGUUUUAGAAGCGAUGCAAUUUCCCCCCGCAGAUGUCGAGAGUGGAACGAAAUGGACUCCAGACACGAUAAUGCACUGCAAAAAUGCCCAUUUUAACAAGUCAUUUUGUGUUAAACGUUCAGUCUUGUUUUUAUUCAAAACAUGGUAAAAGUCUGCAAAUUAGAAAUGAUGAUUUCACUCAAAACACAUGUCGAUACAAGGCAUAAAAGACAACGUUUCUGCUUGUCAAAUGAUUUCAAUCUGAAGGCAGAUUCUCUGGUUGAUUUAAAGAAAAUGUAGAUUUAAUGGCUCACUGCCACAUAUUUCUUUCCAGUGUAAAACCACAGAUCUAGAGUAAUUCGUUAAAGAUGCAGCUUUGGAUCAAAUUGUUUAAAGUUACAGCUCUUUAUAUUUUCUACCGGCUACACUGCAGAUGUCGCUCAUGACAUGGGUUAUAUAAAGCUGAUACAGUGGACAAUUAAUUUGAUUUUUCUGCUUAUUUAAUGAGAUCACAGCAGCCAGUGAAAUCAUUUUCGUGGCGAAAUAAAAUCAGCUAAAUGAAACAACCGGGGGAAAAAAAGAAAUCUAAAGACGUUUCACCUCAUCAGGGAAGUUUGCUGAGACAUGAUUGGAGUUCACAGAUUCAGUCUGUUAGCAAUAAAGGUCAAUUGAGCUAUGCAAGGCAGCCAAAUGCAAUUUUUGCUUAUAAAAAUGUUAUAUGUCUAUUUCCUCUCACAAGGCGUUUCUCAUAAUCGAAUAUCUAAUUAAAAAUGAUGACAAUUACACAAAAUUAAUUAUUUUUGAGAAAAAAAAACAGCCAGUUUGGAAACGUGCACGUGUUCAGGAGACCUGAUGAUGAUGAUGAUGUCAUCUGAACUUGGUCUAUAAAUAGAGGAAAGUUGUGGGGAAAAAGUGAAAAACUAAAAUGCAUUUGUAUUUGGAGUAAAUAGUGUGGUUACGAGGUGAAUGUAAAUUAUUACUGUAUUUAUUUAUUUAAGCUUAUUUAUUAUAAGUCCGUCAAUUUGAAUGUUGAUAAUAUAUUAUAAAAAAAAUAUUGUACAAUUCCAACAGUGUUACCUUUUUAUGUGGAUUUCCAUACACUUAAAGUUUGUUUAUGUUGCAUUGUUGUAUAUUUCACCGCAGCUGGAAAGGAAAGUCAUUUUGUGUGAGGUGAACAGAACUAUAUGAGUCCGAACAACAUGCCUUAAAAAAAGAGAUGAUGACCAUCAAUAUGCAACGAAAUGACAGUUUUGGAUAGUUUGAUGUGAACUUUUUACACUUCCCUUGGUCCUGCUGAAGAGCAACUGUGAUGCACUUCAUGUAUUUCUGCACAAUGUUGGUGACUGUACUCAUAAACCCUGUUGAUUUUGUAACUUGA